AUACAGGUGCAAUGAUUUUUACUUCAUCAAGGGAAUCCAGGCGCAUGCGUCACAUUUCAUAGGUAAUUGCACCGGCACUGAGGAUGGAGAUGUUGUGAAGAAAUGAUCAGUAUAUACAAUUCGGACAAAAAUGUUACAACAUGAAAAAGAGACAGUUAACUUUGGACAAAACUACUUCAUGUUACUUCUAAAAAUAUAUUCACAAUGAUUGUAAAAGGGACUAACAUUUUAAAGAUAGCACAGUAUUCGCUGAUGCAGUUUCUGUUAUCAAACGAUGUGUUUGCGUCGAACUCUACAGAUGUCUCUACCAACACUUUCCUCUCGGAGGACAUGCUUACCGGACUGCUGGCUGGAUUCGGAUUUUUUGUUGGACUUAUCGCAUUGAUUUGCAUAUGUUGGUGUUGCUGCUGCGGUAACGGCUGCAGUAAAUCAGAGACAGUUAAACGAAGGGUGGGACCCUCUCCGCCCCCAUGGAGGUCACGACCUAACACCCGCGCUACCACGGCGAAUACAGUUUCCACAAGGAUUACAACAGCGCCACCUAGCAGAGUAGCCUAGUAUUCUUUCAUCAAUUAAUUAUGAUAUGAAGUGUGAUAUUUUUGUAAAUAUGGACAAAGUAAAUCAAACCAACAUGCAGUAUUACACGAGUUUCGGGUGGAAAAGCUGGAAAUAAAAGCAGUUGAUUUCAGUUAUGAUAUGAUUUUCACGGAAUGGCAUCGGAUUCUCGUGAAGACAAUUGCAAUUGUGAUUCAUUGAUUGCCUUUUAUAUGCAUACUGUUGUUUUGUUACUAGUGAAUUCAUUUCUGUACAAAAUCACUGAUGUAAUUGUGAAACUGAUUAAAAUAAUUCAUAUUCAU